GUAAAGCAUAUAUUUUUCAACGCUUUCUCCACCAGAUCUCUUGGACUCGGCUCUUGGAGAUGCGUGCUCGUUGAGGCCAUUUCUAUCAUCGCCACCGCCACCCAUCUGGUUCUGGGUCUAUUCUCUUUCUCUCUCUUCUCUACCCUUGCGUUUCAUACACACAAUUAGCUCUGUGACGCCGCUCGGGUAUACAAAUAUAUUAGAUGUAUUGCGCAUACGCAUAAGUGUGUGUCAGUGGGUGGUGUAUGACUAUAUAAGGGCAUUUAUUGUGUUUGAUUUUCCUUGUUGUUUUCUCGCUGGAAAGGUUCGAUUUUUAUGCGAUAUUGCGAUAUACUUUUUUUCUUUUUGCAAUAAUCCCUUCUUUUGUUUUCUGUGUUGCGAUAAAACUAAUACAGAGCGUUCGAGGGGGAUAGAGAAAGAGAGAGAGAGAGUUGGAGUGGGAAGAUGGAGAAUGGAGUGGAGAAGAGGCAGCGUGUGGAGAGAGCUGCGGUGAUGGCGGCGUCGAUGUUCAGCGAUGAGGAGGUGGGCGCGAUAAGCGGGGUGAAGAUAGAGGAUGAUUACGUGGAGGUGACGUGUGGGUGCACCAGCCACCGCUACGGUGAUGCUGUUGGGAGACUUAGGGUUUUCUCCAGUGGCGACCUUGAAAUCACCUGCGAAUGCACUCCCGGUUGCCAAGAAGACAAGAUGACACCAGCUGCUUUUGAGAAGCAUUCUGGAAGAGAAACUGCUAGGAAAUGGAAGAAUAAUAUUUGGGUUAUUGCUAACGGUGAGAAGGUUCCUGUGGUAAAGACUGCACUGCUCAAAUAUUAUAUUCAAUCUUCGAAACAUGCAAAUGGCUCGAAUAGAUCUAGCAAUGGAAAAGCCUGCCAUCGUGAUGAAUUUAUCCGAUGUACUGUCUGUAACAAAGAGCGCAGGUUCCGUCUUCGUACAAGGGAGGAAUGCCGAAGUCUCCAUGAUGCUUUGGCAAAUGCUAACUGGAAAUGCUCUGAUAUGGCUCGUGACAAAGUUACAUGUGAUGACGAUGAGGAGCGAGCAAGCCGGAGGGUGUACAGAGGAUGCUCCCGCUCUCCAACGUGCAGAGGGUGCACCACGUGCGUGUGUUUUGGAUGUGAGGUUUGCCGAUUCCCGGACUGCAGUUGCCAGACUUGUAUUGAUUUCACUAGGAAUGUCAAAGCUUGAGGAGGGAGGGGAGGGGCCAACAGCCCCCCCACCAUUUUCCCUAAUGCCUUAAAAGUUAGCUUUAUAAUCAAACCCCAAUUUGAACAUUCUCUCCACAAUUAAUUUAUUUAAACUCUGCACAGAUGUUCUGCAGGGAGGUGUUGCUAAUCUUCUCUUAUUAAAAAGCUAAGCCAAUUUUUAUAGCCCUUUAAAGUUUAAAUCAUAUUAGGUUGGUUUACCUUCUUCAUUU